AAGAAGAAGAAGAAGAAGAAGGAGAAGCUUCCGGAAGUAGGUCGUGAGCGCCCAAGAAGAAGUCCGGGGUAGUAACGGAGCUGGAGCUGAAUUUAUGCUGUUUGUGUGUUGAUUUUAACAGCGGCACCUUGAUUGCAAGACACUACUGCCGGGGGUAAAAAGAAGAGUCUGCAGUGUUUGCGUCUGGUGUUUGACAUUGUAGGCUGAAGGUUUAAAGAGCCCUGCUGGGUUAGUUAUCACGCUUUUACUGCCUUCUACUGGGUGGCAGUGAAGUAACGUGGGAAUCUAAAGGGAUGGACCAGAACAACAGCAUACCAGCCUUCCAAGGGCUGGUGGCUUCCCCUCAGGGAGCCAUGACCCCAGGCAUGCCGCUCUUCAGCCCCAUGAUGCCAUAUGGCUCUGGUCUGACACCCCAGCCAGUGCAGAACACCAACAGUUUGUCAAUACUGGAGGAACAGCAGAGGCAACAGCAGGCUCAGCAACAGCAGCAACAGGCACAACAACAGGCACAACAGGCCAGCUCAGGGACGUCGGGGCAGACCCCUCAACUUUUCCACUCCCAGGCAGUGGGAGGCUCGACCACAACUGCACUGCCAGGAAACACCCCCCUCUUCACCACCCCGCUGACCCCCAUGACCCCCAUCACGCCGGCCACCCCUGCUUCAGAAACCUCUGGCAUAGUACCGCAGCUACAAAAUAUAGUAUCUACUGUAAACUUAGGCUGUAAACUGGAUUUGAAGACCAUUGCCCUGAGAGCCAGAAAUGCAGAAUACAACCCAAAGCGUUUUGCUGCCGUCAUCAUGAGAAUACGAGAGCCCAGGACCACUGCUCUGAUCUUCAGCUCUGGAAAGAUGGUCUGCACAGGAGCCAAGAGUGAGGAGCAGUCGAGGUUAGCAGCCAGAAAAUAUGCGCGUGUUGUGCAGAAGCUCGGUUUUCCCGCCAAGUUCCUGGACUUCAAGAUUCAGAACAUGGUGGGCAGCUGUGAUGUGAAGUUCCCCAUUCGGCUGGAGGGAUUGGUCCUCACACAUCAGCAGUUUAGCAGCUACGAGCCGGAGCUGUUUCCAGGACUCAUUUACAGAAUGAUCAAACCCCGAAUUGUCCUGCUCAUCUUUGUGUCUGGGAAAGUUGUACUCACAGGUGCCAAAGUGAGAGGAGAGAUCUACGAAGCUUUUGAAAACAUAUACCCCAUCCUCAAAGGCUUUCGGAAGACAACGUAGACCCUGCAGCUCUUCUUUUAUCGUCCCCACAAUCCUGUAUCUAACUUUUUUUUUUCUUUUUUAAGCUUCACAUCAAAGCAUCAGCUUUAUGCUGACCUCUUCAUGUGGACCUCUGUAAGAGAUGUGCUACAAUGAAGUGAUUUCCUCACUUGUACUUUUUGUCCCUACAGUAUUUCAAGUUGUCUUAAAAGCAGGGUUUUAAGGAUUGUCUUUUCUGUGUUAUGAUCCCACAAGUUUCUAUAUUUAAAAGUCAGUUUAUUUCAUACACAUUUUAAGUCCUCUUUCGAUUGUACAUAAGACUGUAAGAAAGUGUAAAAACUGCGAUUUAGAAAAGGGGCAGUCUUGGACUGUUUUAUUUUAUUUUUUGUUUUUUUGCAGUUAGUUUUCUACUUCUGGUUUUUAUUAAUUGCUCAUAUUUUAUUUUGACAUAAUCAGCUCUGUUAGCCCCAAAUCAGAGAGAGAGGGACUUCAAAACCAAAUUGGCCUACUUUGCAAGAUGAGAUUUCUUUCUAAAUUUAAGGCUGGUAAGUUCAGCAGUUAUUGACGGUGAAUUCUCUUAAAGUUUGAAACACUUCAAGUUGAACUAAACUGAUCCAAAUCCCACGGCUAAAGUUGAGUAGUUCAUCAGUUUGGUUUCCUGUUGCAAUCCUACUUAAUUCACUGAUAGUUUGGAGUCGGUCUAAAAUUUUCUCUGGAGCAGAUGUUGUAAUUUUUGAAAGAAGUGUUUUAAUGCUCAAACUUUCAUGUGUAUGUACAUAUAGAAAUAUUUUUUCUACUGUAAAUAAGUGAUUCCGACCUUGAAGGGGAUGCUGCUCUGCAGAUAUUCUUUGUUUUUUUUUGACUAGCAGGACAGCGUGUUCGUAAGAUCACAAGCAUUUAAGUUUAGCCAGGACUGAAAUGUGACCUGCAAGAAAGACGCUAUUAGCUUUGAGUACAAGAAGCGGCUGCCAACCUAAUCCUGAAUUUACAUCUAGUGAUUGAUGGCAGGUAAAAUAUGCAUCACGUUGCUGCAUAUUUAUUAUUUUUAAUUUUAAUAAUUUGUUUUUGGCUAAUCAAACCUAUAUUUAAAAGGUUUUUUUUAGGUACUUUUUACAAGCAUAGAAAUAUGACUCUGUCCUGGUUGCCGGUGAACUGUGCUCAGACACACAGCUGGGAAAAAAAGCCGUUUAAAUGUUUUAAUUCUGGUCACGUUUUGAUGUGCUUGUGUAUCUCAUGCAGGUUCAGAUGGGCACAUCCUUCACACCAGUGUUAACAUGUAGUUCUUAACCAGUUCAGAAUAUUUGAUUGGCAGAUCAUUUGGUUCACAUGUUCACUUAAACCACUUUCAUCGACUGUAUGUAUGGAAAUCAAUCAGGAACCUGUCGCAUCUACAUGCUUCUUAAACUGUUAAUGUACUUCUCAGUGCGUUAAUAAACAUGUACAUACGGAC